GAAGACUUUGCGCUGCUCGAUGUUGUCGAAAAAACAACCAUCGACCCAUACCUGUAUCUGAAACAGCCAGAAUUCGGAAAUCCGAGUCGUCUGGAGUGCCUUCCUAAUGAAGAAGGCCGGGUAGAUUUUCUGGGUUGCGUCAAUGUCAAUAGCAAAUGGCAUGAAAUGGUAGAUAGAGACGGCAACAUCAUCCUCAAGGCCGGCCAGUGCAAAUCCGUCUCGCAGCAAUGCUGCCAAUGCACCAUCUGCGCGCCAAAGUCCGACAUUGUCUUGACGCCCGACCGGAUAUCAAAACUUUUGUUUUGGAAGUUCUCCGAUGUCUGCCUCUAUGCGCACCAGGGGGCAGUCUACGUCAAUGACAACUGGGAUUUUAUGGCGAUCACAGCAAGGCCCCCAAGAUGCUAU